AUGGCACAGAGUCGCUCUGAACCUGACAAGAGAUCUCUACAAACCGCUCUGCAAGAGACAACCACUGCUGCUACCACCAGAGCAGCUGAGGGUCAGAAAAUCUUCAGCCCAAUAGCUGCUUUUCUCGACAAACACCGCAACCAGUCGGCUAGCCUCAGCCCUCAUCUACAAAGAGCUCUCGCUACUCUAAGCGAUAAUCUAGCUACUAUGGCUCAACACCAUUUUAAUGCCUAUAUAAGUGGCAUUAUUCCUACUCCCUCUACCCCUUCCCCUGCCCCAGCCCCCUCCCCUACCCCCAGUCCCGUUCCCCCUACUCCCCCCCCCUCUCAUCCCCCCUCCGGCCUUGCACAGUCCUCCUACGCAACAAUCACUAAACCCACCCUAGCUAAGCCAGCUACUGCUGCACAACAAACAAAGCCACCUAUAAAAAAGCCUAUAUCUGAUGCGAAACAAUCCCUCCCUGACCACCGUCUCUUCGUGCGUCUCCCACCUAACCAUGUGGCUAGAAAGAUGGACACUUACGCCAUCUUCUCUAGCCUCUGGUCCCAACUAGGCACAAACAGCAAUGCUCUAAAAGAAGUACAAAUGAUAAAGACUGGCUUCGCCCUCUGUCCUACAUCCAAGGAGGCCCUUUUAACCCUCGAGGCCCAGAAAGAAGUCAUAUCCACCUACUUUGGCGACUGCCAAAUCGAACAGAGCUCUCACUGGAUCUCAUACAGAUACUCUAUGAUCCUAGUCGACCUAACAAUACUAUCUGCUGAAAUCACCGAGCAAACAGGAUAUAGACCUAUAUCUGUUAGCGAGACCACCGCUAGUGCUACUAAUGCCAACUCACUGUCUUCAAGCUAG